AUGAAGAGAAUGCUGGAACUGAGAAAUCUCUGGAGAAAAAAGCCCGAAACAUUCGAGAGUGGCGCCGAAAUGCAGUGGAGCGCACUUUCUAGGCCACGCCCACUUCACGCCGCGAUGGCGCAGGAAGUGUUGGCGCGCUGGACGGUCGAGGACGACGAAAACUUUUUGAGUUUCCUUGCCGAACACGCGAAGACGGCCGAAAAGCCGUUGAACGCGUUGGCAGUGCUCAAAGAGUACACGGAGAACGGAAAAACGACGAGAGAUUUGCAGGCGGUCUUGGACAGGUUUGUAUGCUCGAAAAGGCGGCGUGCUCACUCAAUGUUUCAUAUUGCAAAAAUGGGGUUGAAAUUUGAAUUGCGCGCCAAAAUGCAGAUUUUAAAAAAGUGCGAAUUUUUACACAGAUUCCGUUUCAAUUUGGCGCUCAAAGUGCACGAGUUGAAGCGAUUCGAUAAGCACACAAAAGUGCGCAUAAUAUACGCAUACGGCAUUCCGGUCGCCGAGCACUAUCUGAUCGAAUUGCGGAAAGAAGCGGACGUGGAGUUGGACGAGCGACGAAAAAUGGAAGUUUACAUUGAGAAGGAGCCGGGCGGCCUGAAACUUAUCGGAUACGCGGCGAGUUUGCAGUUCACCGAGACCGAGGACCGACAGAUGUUGCAUCAUUUGGCACGAAAAGCGAGAGAAUCGAAAGAGCCGCUGUCGAUGGACACUCUGUGGAAGGACGUGGCGCCGUUUAGCAAACGGAGCUGCUCUGCCUACCAGUAUCGGUUCGUGUUAUGGCGAUAUUUCACUGCAAUCUUCGGGAAAAAAGCCCGAAACUAGGGUGGCUUUAUAAUGCGUUUGCUUUUCGAGGGCCUGUCUAGGCCUGUAUUAUUGGACCACCCGAAAAGCAAGCGAUCGAUUUGCAGAUUCCACAUGACAUUGCGUCACCGUAUCGUCUUGACGGAUGAGCUCGAUACGGAGACGAAAGUGCUCAUGUUGUACUGCUCCGGCACGCCGAUCAAUGGAGAGUUUCUGCAAAAGUUGAGAGAAGAAGCGGAUGUGGAGGUGGAUGAGAACGGAAAAAUCACAAAGUAUCGGGAGAAGAAGCCGAACGGAUUGGAGUUGAAUUUAAAGAAUACGGUUCAAAAGUACAUUGAAAGCCGAAAAAGAUCGGCCGCGUUGGCAGAAAAUUACGAUGACCCGUCACAUUUUGCAAAAAGACAGGCGGUUGCGAUGGUCGGAGCAGAAGUUACAAACAGGGAAAGUCAGUCUUUGGGCGCAAAACAACCGGAAACAAUUAUAUUCUCAGAUACGCCUCCGGAAAUGAAGGUGAAGGAUAUUCUGGAGAAGCAAUCCACGUCAGCUCCGACGAAUUCGAUGCAAAACAAGUGGCAGAUGCAUAUUCGGUCGCAGACAAAAAUGAACUGGCGACAGUAUGGGAAUAUAGCGAAGCAAACGCGCUCCGCUCCACUCUGCACUGGUAUCUAAAUGCAUUGUUUGCAGAAAUUUCAGCAAACAUGCAUUUGGAGACAAAAAUGAAAGAAAGCAAAGCGGCGAGUGCAGCGGAGCGUGUUUCCAAACGGCUUGGCAAUAUAGAAUUUGUGUGUUUUUCAGGUCCGUCCUCUCUCCGAAUGAUACUGCAGCCACAGAAUCCGACGUCAGCAAGAAAGUGCUUCUGACGCACUUCCGCACGCUCAUCCAGGAGAUCGAUCAUCCGCAAAUGGAUGGUACACUGCAGAAAUUGAAAGACUCGAUUCGAAAACUGAAGGACGGAGACGAGAAAAUGAAGACGGGCGACAUUCGGAAAAUUAUGACGGCUCUCAAUUCGAUUCAUGACGUUUUCGGAUAA